UAUUUCCAGUUCGCAAAAUGGACACACAACUUGUGUGGGCCCGUGAUCCCGUCGAGGGCUAUAUACAGUGCCGAAUAUCAGAAAUUGGUGCGAAAGAUUUUGAAGUGACACCACUCGAUCGUAAAUAUCCCAAACGAUCAUGUCACAUGGAUGAUAUAUUUUCGUCGUGCGAUGGACCACAGGAUCAUGAUGAUAAUUGUGAAUUGAUGCUGCUAAACGAAGCCACAUUUUUGGAUAAUUUAAAGACAAGAUAUUACAAGGACAAAAUCUAUACAUAUGUGGCCAAUAUUUUAAUAGCCAUAAAUCCCUAUCGUGAAAUUACAGAUCUCUAUGCACCUGCAACAAUUAAAAAAUAUAAUGGACGUUCCUUGGGUGAAUUGCCACCUCAUGUUUUUGCCAUAGCCGAUAAAGCUAUACGCGAUAUGCGCGUAUACAAAGAAUCCCAAUCGAUAAUUGUAUCUGGUGAAUCGGGAGCUGGUAAAACAGAAUCAACAAAAUAUUUAUUGAAAUAUUUGUGUCACUCGCAUGACAGUGCCGGGCCCAUAGAGCAAAAAAUCCUGGAUGCUAAUCCCGUCCUGGAAGCCUUCGGUAAUGCCAAAACAACACGCAACAACAAUUCAUCACGUUUUGGUAAAUUCAUUGAAGUUCACUACGAUGCUAAAUGUCAAGUGGUCGGCGGUUAUAUUUCCCAUUAUCUGUUGGAGAAAAGUCGCAUUUGUUCGCAAAGUGCCGAAGAACGUAACUAUCAUGUUUUCUAUAUGCUAUUGGCUGGAGCGCCGCAACAAUUGCGUGAUAAAUUAAACUUAGGCAAACCAGAUGAUUAUCGGUACCUCUCCGGCUGCACACAGUAUUUUGCCAAUGGCAAGACCGAGCAGCUAAUACCUUCAACACAAAAAUCAGCUUCACAUCUCAAAAAUGGACCUCUGAAGGAUCCCAUUAUUGAUGAUUAUAAUCAUUUUCAAAAUUUGGAUAAAGCACUAGGGCGUCUUGGUUUGAGUGAAGUACAAAAAUUGGAGAUUUAUUCGUUGGUUGCAGCUGUAUUGCAUUUGGGCAAUAUCUCAUUUGAAGAGAUACCCGAUGAUGUACGAGGUGGUUGUCAGGUUUCACAAUCGUCAGAAAAAUCUCUGACUACAACAUGUCGCCUUUUGGGUGUCGAUCCCGAUGAAUUGAGGCAGGCAUUGGUUUCACGUGUUAUGCAAAGUAAAGGUGGCGGUUUCAAGGGAACAGUAAUUAUGGUCCCCCUAAAAAUCUAUGAAGCCUCAAAUGCCCGUGAUGCCCUAGCCAAGGCCAUUUACAGCCGCCUAUUCGAUCGCAUUGUGGCUUUGAUCAAUCAAAGCAUACCAUUCCAGGCGUCCAAUUUCUAUAUCGGUGUUUUGGAUAUUGCCGGUUUUGAAUAUUUCACUGUUAACUCCUUCGAACAGUUUUGCAUUAAUUACUGUAAUGAAAAGCUGCAAAAGUUCUUCAACGAUAAUAUUUUGAAAAAUGAACAAGAAUUGUAUAAACGUGAAGGUCUUAAUGUUCCUGAAAUUACAUUUACCGAUAAUCAAGAUAUUAUAGAUCUUAUUGAAAAUAAAUCAAAUGGUAUCUUCACUUUACUGGAUGAGGAAAGUAAACUGCCAAAACCUGCAGCAGUACAUUUUACCACCGAAGUACACAAGGCAUGGUCAAAUCAUUUCCGUUUAGGUCUGCCACGUUCAUCGAGGCUUAAGGCUCAUCGCACUUUACGCGAUGAGGAAGGUUUCUUGGUGCGACAUUUCGCCGGAGCUGUGUGUUAUAACACGGAACAAUUUAUUGAAAAAAAUAAUGAUGCUCUGCAUGCAUCACUGGAGGGUCUAGUGCAGGAAUGUGAAAAUCCUCUAUUGAAAUCAUUGUUUUCCACGGGAACAACAUCUGUUCGCGGCAAACUGAAUUUCAUUUCAGUCGGCUCAAAGUUUAAGACACAAUUGGCUGAACUGAUGGAGAAACUGGAAAAGAAUGGUACCAAUUUCAUACGUUGUAUCAAACCCAACAGCAAAAUGAUUGAUCGUGAAUUUGAAGGCGGCUUAGCCUUGGCACAACUAAAAUGUUCCGGUACCAUAUCCGUAUUGGAAUUGAUGGAACAUGGUUAUCCCUCACGUGUACCCUUCUCCGAUCUCUAUAAUAUGUAUAAAUCAUUCUUGCCACCAGAAUUAGCUAAACUGCCACCACGUACCUUCUGUGAGGCUAUGUUGCAAUCGCUGAAUUUAAGUUCAAAAGAUUUUAAAUUCGGUAUAACCAAGGUAUUCUUCCGGCCUGGUAAAUUUGUAGAAUUUGAUCGUAUUAUGAAAUCAGAUCCGGAAAAUCUUUUGGCAAUUGUUGCCAAAGUUAAGAAAUGGUUAAUACGCUCGCGGUGGGUAAAAUCUACACUGGGUGCAGUGUGUGUAAUUAAGUUACGCAAUCGUAUUAAGUACCGCAACAAAUGUGUUUUGGUCAUCCAAAGCACGGUACGUGGUUUCUUGGCCCGCAAACAUCAUCGUCCCCGUUUCCAGGGUAUUUCUAAAAUCAAUAAAAUACGUACGAAUGCCGAAAAGACAAUUGAAAUUGCUGGCGGUCUGAAAAAUGGCCGUGAAGUUAUUCUAAAUGAAGUUGCUGAAAUUGAACGACAGAUUGAUGAAAGUAUACGCAAGAUUAAGGUGAACGAGAAAAUUACACCUCGUGAAAUUGAUAGCAUGUACACAAAUAUCAUGGCUAAUAUGAAUAAGAUUACGGUGGAUUUGAAUACUAAACUGAAGGAACAACAACAGGCCGAAGAGCAGGAACGUUUGCGUAAAAUACAGGAAGCUUUGGAGGCUGAACGUCGUGCCAAGGAGGAGGAAGAACGACGUUUACGCGAGGAAGAAGAAAAUAAACGGCUUAAAGCUGAAAUGGAGUCUCGUCGCAAGGCUGAAGAAGUGCAACGUGUCAAGCAAGAAGAAGAGGAUCGCAGGGCAGCCUUGGCACUGCAGGCACAAUUAGAAAAGGAAGCAAUUGACGAUGCUAAAUAUCGUCAACAAUUGGAACAGGAACGACGUGAUCAUGAAUUGGCAUUACGUUUGGCCACCGAAUCCAACGGGCAAGUUGAAGAUAGUCCGCCAAUGAUAAGAAAUGGUCAAACGGAUAUGUCGCCAGUGGGUCCAAAUAAACUGAUCAGAUCUGAAAACGUUCGCGCUCAACAACAAGCUUUGGGAAAACAAAAAUACGAUCUAUCCAAGUGGAAAUAUUCGGAACUGCGUGAUGCAAUUAACACGUCCUGUGAUAUUGAAUUGCUUGAGGCUUGCCGUCAAGAAUUCCAUCGUCGCUUGAAGGUCUACCAUGCAUGGAAGGCAAAGAAUCGUAAACGUACAACCAUGGAUGAAAACGAACGAGCACCAAAGAGUGUUAUGGAAGCAGCUUCUAAGGCCCCGCCAUUGGUACAGCCUAAACAAGAAAUUACAACUGCCCAGCAUCGUUAUUUCCGUAUACCGUUUAUGAGGGCCAAUGCUCCGGAAAAUACAAAACGUGGUCUAUGGUAUGCUCACUUUGAUGGACAAUGGAUUGCCAGACAAAUGGAAUUACAUGCAGAUAAACCACCCAUACUAUUGACAGCAGGUAUUGAUGACAUGCAAAUGUGUGAACUUAGUUUAGAAGAGACCGGCCUAACCCGCAAACGUGGUGCGGAAAUUCUGGAACAUGAAUUUAAUCGUGAAUGGGAAAAACAUGGUGGCAAACCAUAUAAAAAUUUAGGUGCUAAAUAAA